ACAGGCACUCCAAACCCUGUCUGUGCUUGGUAUAUUAGGCAGCCAGUGCUCUUGGCUGGGAGCCCAGACGAGGCUUUUGUAAUCAAAACAUGAUCUUGUAUGCUGUGCAACCAGUGCUGAGAAAGGCCGUCUGAUGGCUCUCCUCUUUUAGCUCUGCUCUGGAAUCCGCCGGGCUCCGCCGCCGAUGUCCAACAUGCACCGAGCUGAUGCUGCUGUGGAUGAUGCUGUGUUAAGGAAGAAAGAGCAGAAAGAUGUUGAACUUGAUAAGAAAAUCUUGGCUUUGCGGAAAAAAAACGAAGCACUGAUACGAAGGUACCAGGAAAUAGAAGAGGACAAAAAGCGAGCAGAACAGGAGGGAAUGGCUGUUACCUCCAGGAGGCCCAAGCAGGAUGGACUCACCAUUACCAUCACCAAAGCUCACAAUGACAAAAGGGUGGUGAGUGAGAAAAGGGGAAACCCCUGUCCUACAAGCCCUGGGUUUGGCAUUGGCAGUGAGGAAGAGGAGGAGGAGGAGGAAGCAGAUCAUAUGUUCACAUUCAGGAUGGGGAAGAGGGUGCAGCUGGCUGUUACCAUGGACAACAAAGCAAAGGGCAAGAGGAUCGUCAGCGAGAAGCGCGCCGAGAGCUUCCCUGGGCCGGGCCGAGUGCCGGAGCUGAGCGAGGAGGAGAUGGACCAUUUGGUGGCUUUCCGACGGGGAAGGAGGAUGCAGAUUGCCAUCACCAUGGACAACAAGGAAAAGGGAGAAGAGCGGAGAACAGCAGAGAAGAGGAGAACAGAGAGUGACAGAGGCCCAGAAAGUGAGCACAGCCGGAAGGAUGGUGGGAAGCCAGUCCAGAAGAGCCCUGGAGAUCCGAGUUUCCCCAUGAGUGGCCGGGAGCGCUCGGAGUACAUGCGCUGGAAGAGGGAGCGAGAGCAGAUUGACCUGGAGCGCCUGGCACGUCACAAGAAUGCCAAGGGCGAGUGGCGCCGGGCUUGGGAUGUGGAGAAGUCAGAGCACAUGUUUGAAGAGGACUUUGUUAAGGAUGGGGAGCCAGCCUUGGAUAAUCUCAGCAGUAAGAAAGGGGGAAGGAAUGCAAGGAAAUUCCAGCACAGGUCCUUUCCUGCGGAGGGGAGAGGUGGAGGACAUCAUGGAGUCAAUGUGAGCGACCCUGGGCCGAAGGCAGUGCCUGCUGUGAGCAGCCGAGCCAAGGGGAAGGACAGACUGACAGGCAGAGCCAGAAGAUGGGAUGCAAAAGAAGGCGAGGACAUGUCUCUUGUGAAGGAUGACCUUGAUGGCCAGAGGAGCCUUGGUAUGGACAGGCAGAAGAGCAGAGGUGACGAGGGGGUGGAAGAGAACUGCAUGGCUGAGCUGGAGGAAAAGGGGAAGCAGCCAAGUCUCCAGGAUCACGGGGCCUCCUCCUCCCAGCGGCUGCAAAGUGGGAAGGUCCAGCCUGCCCAGAAUGGCCAGAAGGAGGAGCAGAGGGGAGUGAGGGGCUGCAGCACAGAGGUGUCUGUGGCCAGCGCUGGGGACUCAGAGCCAGGGCCCAUGCCAAGCAAGGAAAAUGUUGGGGAAGAUGCCAAUGGGAAGCCUGGCACUGCUGACAUCUCCCAGGAGAAGGAGAGCACUGACAGCAGUGCUUCACAGAGCAGCCUACAGAACACUCUGCAAGGCACCUGGCCUGGCAGCGAGGAGACCUUGUCACUGCCCGUGGGAGCGAAUGUAGAUGGAGCUGGGUUGGAGAAGCAGCCAGCUUCGGAACAGGAGUCCUCUGAGAACUCUUCCAACAGCCACGGAGGAAAGCUCGACACAGCAGCAGGAGAGAGGCUGGAUGCAGACCAAGGACAGCUGGUGAGCAAAGGAGAGGAAGAAGUGACCCAAACCACUGUUCUUGAGGGACAGGCACUUGCACUGAAAGGAAGUGAAGAUGCUGAAGGCACUGAACACCACGAGCCUUUGCCCCCAGGGAAAGCCAGCUCUGACAAGGCUGUUGUGCCUGAGCAGGACAUGGCAAAAUCCCAGUCUGGGGAAGGGGACCAGCCUGAGGACUGCAAGGACAAGGACAGUGGGGACACUCACAACUAGCAGAUUGCCCCAGCUUGCCUGAGACAUAAGGAUAACGUGCUGGAGGCAGUGGAGAAGAGGAGCACAAGCUUGUCCUCACUCUUUUACCUUCUAUGAAAUCAGCUUCAGCACCUGUGCAGUGCCCUUCAGCACCAUUCACAACGUGGGGUCCCCAUCAGCACCUACUCACAGUUCUGGCAUCCCCCUUCCCUAUCCGUGUGUCAAAGGACAGGGAAGGGUGCACACACUCCCACCCUACAGAGAAAACACCAUCACUUAUCUGUUUGUUUGGCAUAUAUUGCAGCUGCGUGGCAAGCCAAGGAAAUGUCUACUGGAUGCACUUUAUUUUAUUUAAUGACUAAUUCUUUUUAAACUUAUGGCUUGGGUUUCUGGGCACACAUGCUGUUUUUUCCCCAAAGGCUGGAGGCACGUGCCAGGGGCUGUGCCAGCAACUGGAACAGCAGGAAGAGGUGACUGGCAAAGCAGAGGGGUGAGGUGUUAGGGUGUAGUUCAGUAGGUGGGUGAAGAAGUUGUGUUCAGAGCUCUUGUACUAGAGGUUUGCACGUGGUUGAAGUGUUGGCAGAGGUGUAUGUUAGUGGCAGGGGCUGCGGGGCAUGAGCAGGCUGGAUGGAUGGAUGGAUGGAUUGAUGGAUGGAUGGAUGGAUGGAUGGAUGGAUGGAUGGAUGGAGUGCUUCUGACAAGCACAGAUCAAGCCAGCACCUCCUCCUGAAGAGCCUCCAGCUGUCCUCCCCUUUUAGAGGCUGAGGAGCACAUCAGGACAGUGCUUUGUGCCAAGGAAGGUGCCUGCUUGGGUGACCAGGUGUGUGCAUAACCCAGCAAACUCCGUGCCCCCUUCCCAAGCGUAACUGGGCAUCCCUGCAGCACGGCAAGGAGGGGGACAGCACAAUAAUCUUCCUCCCCCACCACACUGCCCAAAGCAGUUGGCAGCAGGACCCAGGCCAGACUGGAGCUGGAGGUCCAAGACUUUGUAUUAAACAUUUUCACCUUCCUGGUUGUGCCUUCCAUAGCCUUGUGUUUUAUUAAGAGAGCAGGAAUCCUCUCUAAGCUGCUCUGCAGACCUUCUGACCUGGCCUUAAAGAUACCUUUCAAAUGGAGGAUCUGGAGGAGCUUUACAAGCACAAACAUGCAGGAAUUCUAGCUGCUUGGCUUUCCAGUUACAGCAAGCUAGGACCCAGCUGGAAUACAGCUAUCAGUUAAGGAGAAGGCACAAGGAAUAACACAACAUAAUUUCUGACUUCUGAAUGACAGGGCAGAGUGGGCAUCACCCUCACUUCAAGGAUGCUCUACAAUCUGAUGCCAGAGUAAGCGUCCCUGGGACAGGUAUAUGUGGAGACUGCCUGGAAUAUCCUGCAGGAUGUUGGCUGACCAGGCUGGCAGACUGCCCUGGAGAUCAGGUUGGCACGUGUGGACUGAAAUACUCUAUGCUGCUUUAAUAAACUAAUAUUUGCACAGACAAGCAUUUGUUUUCCCACGUGACUCAGACCCGUGACACCUAUCAUGAAGCACAAGCCUGGGAAUUUCCUCCAUGUGCCAAAUUCAGGAGACUUUACUGGCAUCACACCAGGUAUUAUAAAGAAACAGAGCAUGCAGCCUUUGUGUUUUAUCAGUAGAAACAUCUCCACCCCACCAAAGCCCAGACUGGGUUUAUUUGGACUUAUCCAUCAGAUAAAACAGAUAAAUAGAAGAUUGUAAAACUGCUCCAGGUCCUGGAGCUUCUCAUCACUGUUAAAGGCUGAUUCUCCUUAUCUGACUGGCUCAAAAUCCUGCUUGCAAUUGUUUAGUUUUUUAAUUCAUUAUUAUUUUGUACAUCAGGUCUCUGACCUGGCUCUUGGUCCAGUCAGACUGAGUCAUUACCAGCAUUUCCCAGGAGCCAGCUUGCCUCAUGGUCCAUGGAACACACAGUCUCAGCUCAAGAGCUGUUGUGCCCCAGGAACAGUUGGACACAUGGCCAGGCAGGAAUUUUACAUUGCCCUGGUCCAGGACUGUGUUGAAGAGAUAAAAAACCUUACUGCCCUAGACUCCAUUCUGAAAGGAAAAACCAUCACUGGUCCUCCAUUCCCUCCUUUUUUUCCUUUCUUCCAAGUGACUUUGCAGGUAAUGAUGCCCAGGAAGAACUGAGUCUGAUCCAGACUCUGGGAAUGGGACUGGACAGCUUGUGCCUGUUCUAAGUGUAUUUUUUCCUGCUCAUUAACACUUUGCUCAAUGCACUUUGUUUGGUGCCUGGGUUGUGAUUUUUCAGACAACUGUGGCUUAGCUGUUUCUUCUUUAUGGUGAGAGAAAAAACUGAAAAGUUGACAAAUCUGAUGUAGAGGGAUUAUUUAUAUGAAAUAAAAGUUGGA